ACCAAGGGACUUGACUCGUAUCGACAUCAGUUACUUGUUCUCCACCGAACCGGCACUAGUAUAGUAUACAGCAGAACAAAAAACUCAUUCCAUCUUAUAGCAAUCAUGAAGUUGUUCGCUUUCGCCGCAUUGAUCGCCGUCGCUGUUGCCGAGUCCGCCUAUCCAGCAGCUACUUAUCCAGCAGCAGCCUACGAAAAACCCUCCUACGAUUACGCCCCUCAACCGUACAGCUAUGGCUAUGCAGUGAAAGAUGAGUCUUCCUACAACGACUAUUCUCAUUCGGAGACUAGCGAUGGCAAGGUGGUCACCGGCUCCUACAGCGUCGUUCUCCCAGACGGCCGCACCCAGAUCGUCACCUACAAAGCCGACGCUUACGGUUAUGUCGCCGAUGUCAAGUACGUAGGAGAGGCCAAGUAUUCCGACUACAAACCGGCGGCUUAUGCUGCUCCAGCUUACAAGGACGAGGCUGCCGCUUACCCAGCAGCUCCUGCUGCUGCCUAUCCUACUGCUGAACCGGCAGCAGCUUACUAACACUAAAAGACAAUUUCCCCAAUGAUCUAAUCCUGCUGCUGGCGAUAUAAAUUAUUUCCAAAGUGAUUCCUUGUAUUAUAUAAUAUAGUCUACAUAAUACACAAUUUCCUAUA